AUGAAGAGAACUUUAUUAAUAAUUGCUAUGAUAAGCAUAGCAACAUGUCAAGUAGUAAGCAAGAGUGAAGCUUGUACUUGUGCAUAGCUUUUAACUUCCGGUGAUUGUGCCAGAAACUCAAACUGUUCAUGGAACACAACUAAAUUAGCUUGUGAAGUUCCUUAAAGCACAGGUCCUGUUACUGUUACAAAGAAUUACGGAAAAUCCUUGUAUUGUGAAGGAUUAGCUCAAACAGACUGUCUUAAAUUAAAUGAAUGCGCCUGGAUUGAUAAUAAAUGUACAUUCUUCACAAGUUGUACACCUUAUGAGAAAACCAUCAAGGAUGACUGUUAAGCUAUAUCCAAAAGAUGCAUAACAGAUGGAACAAUUUGUGUAGAAAUAGAUUUAUGUUCAACCUACUUAACAUCAACAUCUUGUUAUUAGAACAAGGCAGGAAAUUACUGUGUUUGGGAUGAAACAGCUAAGAAAUGCUCUGAUGUGACUGAAUGUGCUUAAUUACCAACAGCACUUACUAAAGAUUCUGAGUGCAGAGCAUAUUUAAAGUUUGAAUGUACAGCUAAACCUGCAGGAGGAUGUGUAGAUUCAGGAACUAAUUGUGCAGAUCAAGUAUCAGUAGAAGGAUGUGUAACUAAUAAGACAAGAUCAGUUAAUUGUUUUUGGGAUACUACUACUAAUAAAUGUUUUGACAAGAAAUGUGAGAAUGCUUCAACUAAUAUUAAAACCCAUGUUGACUGUCAAGCUUUCUUACCAACAUGUACAGCUAAAGAUGGUGGAGGUUGUGUUGAUAUUAAGACAUGUGCAGACGGUAAAAUAAAGGAAGGGUGCAAAAUUGAUAGUGCAAAAAAGGAAUGUUAUUGGUCAGAUAAAGAUUUGAAAUGUAAAGAUAAGAUCUGUGCAAGUGCCCCAAAUACAUUGACUACCAAUUCUGAUUGCUAAAAACAAUUUUUGGCAUCAUGUAUAACAAAUGGAGCUGGAUGUGUUGAUGAUACAAGUUGUGGAAGUUCUUCUGUUCAAGAAUAAUGUGCUGUUAAUAGAUACAAUAAUAGAGAAUGUACAUGGAAUGGUAGUUGCAAAGACAAGACAUGUGAAAAUGCAGGAACUGAUAUUGUCGGUCAUGACUAAUGUUCAACUUAUUCUAAGGCUUGUACUGGUAAGGCUAACAACGCUGGUGGAUGUUAAAAGAGAUCUUGUGAUAAUGCUCCCACUACUAUUAUAUCAAAUGCUGGAUGUGAAGACUAUCUUCCAAAUGGCAAAUGCAUUGCUAAGAAAGAUGGUGGAUGUAUUUCCAAUACUACUUGUUCAGCCAUAUUAUUAAAAGAUGCUUGUGUUAAAGAUUAAAAUAAUAAAGAUUGCUAUUGGGACACUGUAGGAGGUAAUUGUCUAGAUAAGACAUGUGCUACUUUACCCACUAGACUUAAUUCUCAUUCAUUAUGUAAUGGAGAAAUUAAUACAUGUACGGUUAGUUCAUCUGGUACUUGUGUUGAUUUGUUAUGUGAAAACGUAGUUGAUAAAGAUAAUUGUGUCAAGGACAAGUCUGGUGCUGAUUGCGUUUACUAUGGAUCUUGUUACUAAAAACAAUGCUCAGCUGCAUCUUAAGAUAAUACAACCCAUGCAUAAUGUUAAGAAUAUCUUCCUGCAUGUACUUUGUCAAAUACAAAGAAGGGAUGUAUAGAUCUUCCAUUAACAUGUUCAGCAUUAAUUGUUAAGGAGAACUGUGAAUUGAAAGCUAAUCGUGAAAAAUGUGGUUGGACUGGAUCAACUUGUGUUGACAUCGUUUGUACUACUGCACCAACUAAAACUGAUGAUGACUAUACAGUAGAAUUAUGUGAGGCUUAUAAACCAAGUUCUAAUUGUGUACCAAAUGGAACAAAGAAAGGAUGUAUGGAGUUAGCUGCUAAAUGUGAGUCAAGAACCAUUAAAGAGUAAUGUGAUGUAGCAGGUACAAAAACUAAUGGAGGUAAAACAUGUCUAUGGGAUGGUACUAAGACUUGUUAUGAAAAAACAUGUGCUAAUGCAACUAAAGAAGGUUUUGCAGGUAGUGUAGUAGUAACAGGAGGUGAAGUAACUCAUAAUGAUUGUAUAGCAUGGUUGAAAGAUGCAAAUGGCAAUCCUCUUUGUGUUGUUGGAACAGCAAAUAAUGUAUGUGCUCCUAUACCUGCAACUUGUAGUGGUUUAGGCAAGAAUUCUUGUAAAACUAAUAUUUUGAAAGUUGCUAACACAGACCCAGCAGAAUACUUAAAUUGCUUCUGGAAUGACACAACCGGUAAAUGUGUAGAUGGAAAUGUAUGUGCAAAUCUAGAUAAGAAGACCCAUACUGACUGCACUAAUGCAUCUAACAAGAAAUGCACAGUUAGUGCUGAUGAAACCAAAUGUGUUGAUAGAUUAUCAUGUAGUUAAUAUACAAAAGAACCAUAAUGUAAAAAAGAUAAAAAUGAUGCUCCAUGUACUUUUGAUGCUGCAACAUCAAAGUGUGCUGAUACUGCAUGUUUAAAAACAGAGGAAGACACAAAAGACUUUAUUACACAUGCAUAAUGUACAGCCAAGUCAAAUUAAUGUACUCUCACUAAUUUACCAUGUGGACUCAAAAAGGCAGCUUGUACUGAUUAUGUGACCGAAUUAGCUUGCUUAGGUGGAAUCCUUGGAGAUAAGGCUUAAUGCUAAUGGGAUGGCGCUGCUACUCCCCCAGCUUGUAAAACUUUAACCUUUGAUUGCACAAAAGUAAAAGGUGCAAAACUCACAGGUGGUUAUUGUAAUUCUUUGGAUGCUACCUGUUCUGCCAAUCAGGCUGGAACUGCAUGCUUGACUGCAUAAGAUAAUUGUAGUUUAUAUACUAAAUCAGCGGAUUGUAAAUGGGCUAAAACAGAUGGUGAUUGUUAUUAUUCUGGUACUUGUAAGCCUGUGUCCACAUUAAAAUGCAGCGAACUUGCUGGUACAACUGACGCUGAAUGUAAAACAUUAAAGAGUAGUUGUAUUUUUGGAAUAAAUGGUAAAUGCAAACCUAAUUGUGCAAGUCUUGCAGAUCCAUAGACUUACGAUUCAUGCUAAACCUUUGAUGCUGAAUGUUCAGUACAAAAUGAUGGAAAGACAUGCUACUACUUUGCAGAUAAAAAUUGUUCUUAAUUGACUUCCAAUACAUGUACAAAAGGAAAGGAUGGAACUUGCUAACUUACUGGAACAACUUGUGGCUAGAAAACCAUAGCUGCUGAUGCCAACUGUGGUGAUGUCAAGACUGGAACAUAAGGUGCUGCUAAAAUAACUGCAAAAUAUUGUAAAGAUGUCAGUGGAGGAAAAUGUACAGCAUUACCUGAUUAAUCAGCUUGUGUUGUGGUUGCCGCAAAAUGUGAAGAUUAUAAAACGGCGUCUAGCAAUCUUGGUUCAUGUUAUUGGGCAACAGAAGGUUAUUGCUAUAUAGACACAGUUUGCAAAAAAUAUGAUGCUGGUACUACGGCUUGUACUGCCAUUGUUUUAGGAGGAACAACUAACUUAAAUUUCAAUAUUUGUUAAGAGUUUAGCAGCACAUGCACUGUUGACUCUAGUGCCACUACAAAAUGCAAAGAUUAUACAGCACCUACUUUAACAUGUGCUGAUUUUAAAGGAACAUUCAAUUUCUUCAAUUGUUUCCACUUCUUGAAGACUUGUACUGUAAAUGCUGCUGGAACUGCAUGCAUAGACAAAGAAGAUGUUUGUGGCGAUUAUGAUGCAAGCGAGAAAUGUGCCUAUGCUGUUACUGAUGGACCAUGUGUUUGGGAUACAGCUGCAUCAAAAUGCCUUCAAAAGUCAUGCGAUGCCAUAACUACAACCGAUGUUGCAAGUCCAUCCAUUGAUACAUGCUCAGCAAAAUAAUAGAAUUGUACUGCUAGAACUGGAGGAUGCAUGAAGAGAGUUGCAUGCACUGUUUACACAAAAAAAUCUUAAUGUGAAGAGAAUUUGUCAGGAGGUAAAUGCAUUUGGAAUACUAACACUGAACCAGGUAAAUGUUAUGAUAAGACAUGUACUAAUGCUGAUUCAACAUAUAAUUCCCACGAAAAAUGUAUAGCUCUAGGAAAUUGCACAGUUAAAUUAGGUGAAGAUGGAACAACAUUGGGAGGAUGCAUUAAUUUAGGUGCUUGUUCAGAUUAUAAAGUCAUUGAUUAAUGUAAACUAAAUUCAACAAAGAAAGACUGCGAAUGGAGUUUAGUAGAGACACCCAAUAAAUGCGUUGAUAAAACUUGCACAUCUGCUGAUCCUGCUUCCAACACUGAUUUUGAAAAAUGCUAAGCUUAUAUCCCUAAAGGAAAUUGCACUUUGGGAGCAAAGAAAAACGAAGAUGGAACAUACACUGAAGGAGGAUGUAUGGCACUAGUAUUAUGUACUGAAUACAAUACUUAAGGAUAAUGUAAAAAGAGCAAGAAUAAGGAUGCUGAUGGUAACUUCUUGAAUUGCUAUUGGAAUGAUACAACCAAAAAAUGCGGAGAUGCAAGUUGCUCGUAAGCUGAUGAUAGUUUCACCACACAUGAUGCUUGUAUUACAUAUGGAAGUCCAAUGAAUCUUAAAUGCACAGUUGACAAGGAUGACAAAGGAUGUGUUCCUAUUCCAGAAACCUGUGAAGAAAUGAGCAAGGGACAAUGCGUGGAUACUGAUUCCAAGAAAAACAAAUGUAUUUGGUUGGAAGGUACUGGUACUGGAUCAUGUGCUACCAGAACUUGUGAAAAUGCAGUCAGUCCUGCAACUGCUUCUGAUUGUUCAAAUCACCUCUCCUAUUGCACAAUGAUUGAUUCUGGAAGUAAGUGCAAGACUAAGACAUGUGAAGAUUACGCUUUUACUGAUGAUGCAACAUGUGCAGCAUUGUUUAAGAACUCAAAGUGUACAACAAAUGGAAAAUUCUGUGUAAAUAGAGGAACAUGCGCUUCGGCUUUAAGCUAAAAGGGAUGCACAAUUGAUACAUCUUUAAAUCCUUGUGAAUGGAUUGUUCCUACUGAUACAACUAAACCAGCUUAUUGCGUUUAAAAGACUUGUAAUACAGCUCCUAAAGAAUACAAUUCUGAAUCUUAAUGUUUACAAUACUUCACUCCCAAAAUUGGAUCCACUUGCACAACUUAAUAAGGUGGUGGCUGUGUUUAAAGGAGUUCUUGCUCAGCAGCUAAAGUUUAGAGUGCUUGUACUACUGAUGCAACUUAAAAUAUAUGUGCUUGGGACUCAGAUACAUCUACUUGUAGAAACUAAGAAUGCAAAGAUAUUUCUGGUUCAUCUCAUGCUGCUUGUUAGAAUCCAACAGAUAAGAACUUUAAAGGCAAAUGCACAGCUGGUAAAAGUGGCAAAUGUGCUGCUAUUUAGAAAUGCUCUUUGACCACUGUCGAAGCUGCUUGUGUUGUUGGUACUGAUGGACCAUGCAUUUGGUUACCUGAUUAUCCUAAUACAGAUAAUACUAAAGGAGCUUGUUUCCUUUAUGAUUCAUGUAGAAGUCUUAAAUGGAGUAAUGAUCCACUAUGUAAAUACAUCUCAGAUAAAUGCACAACUGAUGGAUAACAAUGUAUUGGUAUUACACAAUGUGGCAAAACUAAUGUAAAUGGAGGAUGUGUGACAGGUACAGAUGGAGAAUGUAUUACAACUGUUGCCACUUUAGGAUCCACUAAUAAAGUUUGCACCAAAUAUGUUAAUUGCAAUUCAGCCUUAUUUACAACUCACAGUGAAUGCAAAACUGCCAAUCCUAAAUGUACUACAAAUGGAACUUCAUCUUGUAUUGAACUAGCCGCAUGUUCAACAUAUGUAAAGGAAGCUUGUAAUUACAAUAAAGAUGGUGUAUAAAAAAAUUCAAGUGGUUAAAUUACAUCAACAGGUUAAUGCAAAUGGGAUGACACUACAAGUGUUUGUAGAGAUUAAAAUUGCUCUGAUCUCGUAGGAAUUUCUCAUCUUGCUUGCUCAUCUCAAUUGUCUACUUGUACUACCGAUGGUACAAUUUGUAUCACCAAAGAUUCAUGUACCAAGUACACAACAAAUAGUGCAUGCAUAAACGCAUUGGGAACUGAAGGUUUAUGUUAAUGGACAGAAGGUACAGCUGGAGCAGCUGGAACCUGCAGAGUCAAGACAUGCGAUGACAUUACUGGUGGUACUAAUACUUAAACUUGCAGUGCUAUUAGUACUUGUACUACUGAUGGAACCAAAUGUAUCCCUAAAACCACAUGCGAUAAGUAUGUAACCAAGGCUGGAUGUAAUACUACAGGAACUGAUGGAAUUUGUGUUUGGACUGAAACUACAACUGGAACUACAACAACAGGAAAAUGCUCUUUGAUGACCAAUUGCACUGCUGCUGCCAAAGAUUAAAAUGCUUGUCAAUUAGCAUCAAAUAGAUGUAAAUGGACUGCUUCUACAGCAACAGUUGCCAGUUCUUGUGUCGAUCACACUUGCGAAACUUUUAAUGCUUCAUAAGGAAGAUGCACAUAUUUCCCCAACUGGGAUUCCUCUAAGUAUAAUAUUUGCCGCACAGUAUCUGGUAAAUGUACAGCUGCAGAUCCUAAGACAUUAGCUGAAUCAGAAUGUUACACCUUAUCAGCCUACAUGUAUUCAUGGAACUCCAAGACCAGUGCAUGCGCCUAAUGCGGUACCACCAUUGUUACUCCAAACAAUUCUUCAAAUGGUAAUGAAACAAAUAAUAAUGGUUCAACCUCAACUGACUCUGGAUACGUUCUUGGUGUGGCUGUUCUCUUAGGAUACUUAAUGUAUUGAUGAAUUGAUUCAUUAAAUUUAUAUAGGGAAAAUUUUAUUAAAUAAUCAAAAAGUA